CCUCCUCCUCUUCUCCGAUCGUGAUGACUGUGGUCGUUCUUUGCUGGGACUGACUUGCACACACAAACCGGUCGUCAACAUGUUCCAAACUUCACAUUCUCGAUGGCGAGCUCUUGAGAUGCGCAACCCUCUUGCAGCUCUUGCAUUUUUGUACGGCGUCAAGACCACCCACAUCUAUUGCCGUCCGACAUGCCCCUCUCGCCUAGCGCGCAAGGCGAACGUCGUUUUCUUCGACUCGACAACCGAGGCCGAAUCUGCUGGGUUUCGGGCUUGCAAGCGCUGCAAGCCUUCGCAGACCGACUUCGAACAUCGAGCACGACAUAAGAAGGCCGUCCGAAAGGCGUGCGAGAUGAUGGAUGCUGCCGGAGGAGCAGUCCCUCUCGAAAGUUUGGCGGGCAGCGUUGGUCUGUCGCCGAGGUAUUUCCACGGCGUGUUCAAGGGGGUCAUGGGAUGCACUCCGAGCGCGUACGCGAUAAGAGUACGGAAGAACAAGUCCCACUUCAAGGGAUUGCCGAGACAAGAGAGUGACAAGCCAUGUGUUCGCGAUGAGGGGUUACCUCCAAGUAUGAAGGAAGAUGAGAAAACAGCGUUACCAUGUGAGCCUCAUUUGACUUUUCUCUCAUCGACCUACCGCCGAACGAGACUCUUCCGAUUAUAGACGAUGCUAGUUAUGGUGCUAGUUUCCUGGGAACCCCUUGCUGCCGAGAUUAACGAUUGCGGGGUGGCUUCAUCAUGGGGACUUCCUGAUCCGAAUACUGAGGCUAUUGUAACCCAUGACCACCCGGGGGAUAUUUCUCCUACCACCAAUAUCCCCGGUCCGCAAGACGACGGGGACUUUUCCGGGUUCUUGUUGACGGAUCUA